UGGCCGACUAUAAAGUUGUUCUGGUGACCGCGCGCCCGCCUCAGAAACACUCCACCCUCGAACGAAUCGACCAGCUUUCACGCCAUGAAAUUGCACCUUUUAUUAUUGACGGCACUGCCCAUGUGCCUGGCUGAAUUCUCAAUUCAGGGGCCUAGCGAUGGGCAUCGACGGGCACAAGGUCUUAAGUUCAGUGAAGAGAAAGGAAUCGAAUACACAGACGCAAGCGAGGGAGGAGGACCGGGAGACUUCACUAUUCAAGGUGCGACUGAUGGUAAUAGCAACUUCAGGAUUCAAGGUGCUACAGAUGGGCACUCAAACUUCCAGAUACAGGGACCUUCAGAUGGUGGAUCGGCUACCUAUAAUGUGCAAGUGCCGAUCCAAGGCCAAUCCGUAAUUCAAGGAGCAUAUGAUGCUAAUCAAGUUAACUCGAAGGCGCUCCAAUACAACGAUCCUAGCGGUUAUAGGGUAAACUGGAGAUCGUACGAUCGUCAAUCGCAACCGCAAGCUCAACCGGAACCGCAAUACGCGGCGCAACCUGCGGCGCCAGUUUCACGACCUCGACAGCGAACCCAUUAUGCUCAACCGCGACCGCAACCGCGACCGCAACCGCAACAGCAACAGCAAGCGGAACCACUACCGGCUUACAAGCCUUACUCUAACGCACCGCCGCAGAUCCAGCAAUUGCUUGAAUUCCAGCAACAAAUUCCGUACAUCAAUAUAAUUCCGGAACCAUACAGAUUCGAUGAAGCGGCCGCGAUACAGGCUCAGUCUCAGCAGGUGCGAGAACACCUCCGGAAAUUGGCUCAAGAGGCUGCAGUCGCCCCCGUGCCCGAGCCUGUGAUCGCGACACAAGCUGCACCUCAUCGUCAACCUAAAUCACGUGGUCACUCUAGGAGCAAACGUCAGGCUCAGCAGCAAUACCGUGCGAGUCAACCGCCAGCGGAACCGCAGCCUCACUAUUCGCCCAACUUGCCAUCUCACUUGCGCGAGCUGCUGAGGUAUCAAGCGCAAACGCCGUACAACAUUAUCGCCAACCAAAUUGUGGUUCGCGCAGAUAAGCCGUAUGUGCCGCAUCGCGUGAAUGCGCCGCAACAGCAACCGCAACCGCAACAACAACAGCAACCGCAGCCAAUACAGCAAGCGCAAUAUCAAGGUCAGGGUGGUGCCUAUGAAACUCAGGCCUCGAGCGCAUAUACGCAAGCACUUCUACAGCCGUAUAAUCAGAACCAGCAGUAUCAACAGCCACAAUCAGGCUACAAUCAGCAGCAGGCUGGCGUAAGACCUGUCACCGAGAAUCAAUAUUGAUUGACGACGUAUCGUCAUUACUAUCUCUCUCAUUUUAAUCGGCAGAACGAGUCUUAAUUAUGACAUAAUUAGGAAUUUUUAACUCAAUUUGAUUAUUAAAGAAAUAAAUAUUUCAAUUUUCGAAAUGAAAGUAAAAUGACAUAUAAUAUUGUUUUUAUCUCUUAAAAAUUUAUUUCUUAAGUUUGUAAAAACAUUAUAAUCAAAAGUUAAAUAUUGAAGAAGUGAUAGAAGUGACUCGAACAUGGAAAUUAUAAGUUCUUUUUGAUUCUUUUGAAAUUUGAGAAAAAGGGAAAGAACAUUCUAUUUAUAUUUUUUUAAUUAAUAGGUAUCUCUAUUUGAAUGAUUAAUUAAUGCGAUAUGAAUAUUUUAACUUUUUUAUAUUUCAAGUUUGAUAUUAUAUAAAGUAAAUAUUUUUUAUUUUUAAGUUUCUUGAAACUUGGUUUUGAUAUUGGUUAUUUUUCCUCCAUUUUAUCUAACAGAUAAGAAAUUUUUUAAGGGAGUUAUCUUUAUCUUUAAUACUUUGCAAAAUUUGCACUCGAGAAAGAUUCUUUUUCUUUUUUUUUUUUCUUAUUUUGAGUUGUCUUAUCCGAGCGGAUAUGUUACAACUAAGAUAAAACAAGAAAGUGACAUUCGAGAAUCAAGCUUUUCCAUGAUUCUUGUGCAACGAAAAGAAAACUAAAGUUAUUAUGUCUCGGUAGCAUGUAUGUAUCAAAUAUUCAGGUAAAUUUUGAUAGUAAAAUGAAAUUUUGAAAUAAAAUACAAAGUAAAAUUCAAAGUAAAAACAUAUAUAUAAUAAAUUUAUCUAUUGUGUUAUAGCUUUUUUAUACCUGUAUUUACAUAUAUGUUUAAUAUGUUAAAUAAAAUAUAUAAGACUGUA